CAUAUUACUCUGUUUUGUUAAGUUAAACCAGAUGUGUGGGUUUACUUCUUACCAUUCCUGGAGAAGAGAUUUGAGAACUGUCAACACCUACACUGAUGAUAACUCUACUGUACACACCCCAAUGGAUGAUCUCGCUCGUUUCCAGGGAAUGACGAGGCUAGUUCCCUAGGCGAGGGACUGUCCUAUGGAUCACAAGAUAUGUCACAAUGCCUUUAUUCUUGGAUGACUUAUUGGUGACUGUCUUCCUUUGUGGACAUAAAAGAAGACUCACACUCUUGCGUUGCAGUGCUACAUCCAGUGUCCUGUCCAAACUGUUCAGCUGUCCAAAUCAACAUGUGCGACACCCUGCCCAAUAACCGUCGGAUUGGCCUGUUUUUGCUAUCAACGUUCCUGCUGACCUGUUCAUUUGAGGGGUUAGCUGCAAAGCAAUUGGUGAAGAGGAGCCCAAUGUCACACUGGGGUGACAAAGGAAGGCCAUCAUUAUGUUGCAAAAAAACAAGUCCAAUAAUCAUCAGAACGGAGAUCACCAGUUGUGUUAUUAAAGGCAAAUCAGAUAGUUGUGUCCCCGCCGUCAUAUUUAGCACAAAAAACGGCCAAAUGUUCUGUAGUUCUCCUAAUGCAAAAUGGGUGAGGCAAAUAAUAAAAGAGUUGGCACAGAAAGGCAGGCCAUGUUCACAAGGUUGAAAAGAAGACCUUGAAGUGGAAAGGCCAAGAUCCCGCUGGCUAUGUUUUUGACAACAUGACUGUCCUGUGACUGUUCGAUACUUUAUAUGUUUUGUGAAUGAUUUGGUUCAAGUUGCUGAUUGUACUUUACCUAAUAAUGCACCAAUGUACUGUACAGUAUAUGUUAUGAAUAUGGGUGACACAUUCUGACAGUAAAUGGAACUCUCACAUUCAUAACAAUCCGAUUUAGUUUUCCUUAUGUUAGAGACACAUCUGAGUUCUUGAAUUGACAUGUUCAAUGUGAUGAAGCCUACAGCAGGUGGCAACCUAGAGUCUUUGAAGUUAGCAUGAAUAAAGUUAAGCGUAACCAUGACAGCCUUAGGUUUAACCACUAAUUACACAGUGACUGAGUUGACAGUAACCCACUUCCUAACUUUCAGUAUUACAAAUUCACACUAUUGGCAGCAGUUUAUUAUAUGAAUCUGUAAUUUCAUUUUCAUUUUCAAUUACUUCUUUGCAUAGACCAGUGGUUCUGAAACUUUUCAAAAUGACUACCACCAGAAAACAAUUGGCUCUCCAUAAAGCCUACCACCAUUAUGAAUGUUAUUAUAAUACAGUUUAGUUGGCCAUGUCUAGUGCAUACGGUUUUGAGUUUUUUUUUAUUUAAAUAAAGACAUAACGUUUAGAUUUAACGUCAGUGAUUGUUAGGUUGUUUUAUUUUAUUUCUACUUGGUGUAGCCUAGUGUUCAUUCAAAAAUGCUAUUCUUGUAUAAAACUAGCCAACCAGCCAAAUACAUGCCCAUUGG